ACAACAGAUCAAAUGCGUGUAAUUUGUCAUCAACGUCGUCAAAUACUUCCACAACAGACCAGGGCGCACCGGACAUAUCAAACUGAAAAGCGUCUGGAUUGUAGUUUUUUAAACUCCUAGUUGUAAUAUAUGUGGUCUUAGGUCUUACCUUGACAGUUCUCGUACAAUUACCGCCGACCAACUCACUUUCAACGCAGGCUCAGUAACUAAUGCGGCUCUCCUUAAAGUUCCCAUGAUCCCAGCUGGUGCGAUAAGAGAUUCAUCUCCUCUGACUGUGGACAUCACAGUCGCACAUGACAUCAGCAUCGGACAAGGAGCUGACAGCGAUAUCAAAUAUGGCGUGUCAGACGGUACCAGAUUUAUUGGGUUUGAAACAUGUGACAAGGGAAAUUAUGGAAGCAAUUCUCCAUGCUAUGAAUUGGAAGGCUUGUCUGGUUCUUCCUUAACCUCCGUACGAUCCGAGUCAGUUACCCCUAAACCCAGCGAGUCCUUCUAUCCCCGCCAGUUUGUCUUUACUCUCAGGCUAGAUGAACGCUGGGGCUCCUGCUACACUGCGCAUGACGGAGGUUUCGUGAGGACCGCUGGCUACAACAACCGACUGAUGCUCAGCAAGGGACUCACUCUCGAGGUUUACAAGGGUAAUGCAGGAGAGAGGGUUGGGAUCAGGUACAUCAAGGUCGCUGUCAAGCAAGACGCCUAGGAAGAGAAAUCCUCAAACACAGCGCACUUAAGGGAACCAUGGCAGUAGAAAAAGGAAACACGAGCAAUACUGGGACUUUCAAAGAAAUUUCAAUCAUUGCAUGUUUUUAGUUGGUUAGUAAAUAAAAACGGGACUAAGAGAAAUUUGUUGGUCAUUUUAUGUGUUAUAUAUGAUCAAUCAUUGUCAGUCUACAAACUUAAGACCGACAUUUUACAAUGCACAAUAAAUAAAAAGCCUUUCAAUCUGGACAAACACGUUGUUAAGA